AUGGUGGAAAAAGAGAAGCGACUCAUAAUCGUUGGUAUUCUACGUAUUUUUAUUGACAUUUUCAAUAUUGCUGAACAACUAGGAAUCUAUUUCAUCGCCAAAGACAACGAUCUAGACGAAACAGCACAACAGCGAUUCUUCUUCAUCCUAUUUGGUGUUGGCGGCGUUUCACUUUUCAAGCCCUUAUUUUAUCAUCCAGUUCUCCAAACAAUUUUCAGUGUAUGUAUUGAAGCUGGUGAAUUAGCAUGUUAUUUAACCGUAUUAACAAACACAAAGAAUUUAUUGAUCGUUGCUAUCUUAUUUUUUUCUCUGGAAGUUCUUUUCCAUGCCAUUUGCAUUGCUUGUUUGUGCAGUUGUGAUGAAAAUCAUUCGAAACAAUGCCUCAAGGGGUGCUGCACGUUACCACUCCGUAUAAUUCUAUAUGGAACUUUGUUUGAAACGCAAAUCUUUUUUCUAUUCCUCGAUGCAAGCUCACCGUUUCGUGAUACGUUCUAUGAAGUUUUGAUGGUCUUAGCAACAUUUUUUGGUUUACCGAUGGUGGAGAAAGGUGCAAACAAAGCCUGUCACAUGGAAGACGAGAGUUCAGAAGAAAACGACGAGAAAAUAUUUGCAGCAUGGGAAGGAGUUUUAACAAUAUUUGGAGCCAUAAUCGGUCCGAUAAUCACCAUCACUGCUGUCAUUUAUUGUGCUCAAAUGUUGCCUAAUCGAUCACAAUACAAGACAUAUGAUUUUGCUAUUUAUAUCAUGACAAUCAUUUCCUACGGAUCUAUACUACUCUCGUUGGCAUGCUGUCUCGGAUGUACUGCAUGUCUUUGCGCCGGGACAAUGUUAGUAUGGUUGAAAGAAUGUCUUUGUCACAAGCAAAACUGA